AUGUGUCGAACUUCACCCAUAACUUGCUACAAAGUUAGGAGUGGACGACUUCUCUUUUCUGGCGUUUUCUAAAUGUUGCACUUGGACCAGUCUCCUCGUUGGCUCUUACAAUAGUCUUCCUAGUCUCAUAUUAGUUUAAACAGUUCGUCCUUUGCUCUAAAUGAUGUCCAAAAGCGAGGAGAAAGCGGCCCAAGAGCUGACAGAGGUGAUGGAAAAGACGAUGGAGCGACUCCAGGGAAGAUUCCAAGCGAUGUCCAAUCAGCUCGAGUCUAAGAUGGAUGAAAUGGGGAGCCGCAUUCAUGACCUGGAGAAGAAUGUGUCUGAGCUGAUGACACAGGCCGGCAUGGAAAACCAGGCUGUGUCCAAGUGACCCCUCACUGUGCACGGGAGCUGUCCUCUAAACAGAGUGCUGGUUUCCAUUGGACUGUCGUAUGACAUAUAUGGACAUGGACAUAUACUCACUCAAAUUGGUUUACUUUAAUGAUUUUUUUGGUGCUACCAUGGUUUAAACCACUUAACUAAGUUUGAUGAUUUUUUUUUCCUGUGGAUAUUGUCAGCCACACUGAUGUAACAUAAGAGGUUUUAGUUUUGAUACUUCACUGUUACUGCCACAAUUAUCACUGUGCACAUUGUUCUUUGAAAAACUGCCAAAAUAUAUUAAGUGUCUUUUAAUUUUUAUAGUUUUCCUUGUAAAUAUCCCCAUUGUGCUUUGGUUACAAUGCUUUACCACUAUUUUGACAUGGACCUAUAUUUUUGAUUUUACUAAGAUUUCUUUAUAGCUGUACACUUUGAUUGCCAAAUAAAGAAUAUUUUUAACUUUA